UUUUCUUAUUUCCAAUUUGUCCUUCAAAAUGCUUGUACAUACUUUUAAUUAAAAACGCAGACUAAAUACUUUUAUCAUAGAAAAUAUGUUAGUUGUUAAUAAUUUUAGAAUACCAUAUAUUUAUUUCUUUUCUAAAACUGAUUAUUUAAUGUAAUUAUAAAUUUAAAUAUUUCAUUGAAAUUUAAAAUUUUUAUAUUAUAUUAUAAUAUAUAUAUAUAGAUAUAUUUAUUUAAAUAAAUUAUUAUUGACAUUGAGAUAAAUAUAAGUGUUGAUUAAAUACAUAAAAGUUUCUUAAACUUUCAUUAAAUAAGUUUCAAAUUUGCUUGCUUAUAAAUUUUUAUAAACUACUACAUUUAUAAUCACACAAGCAUGGUCAAGUGGUAAAACGGAUUUGAAAAUAUGCUAAACAGUCCCAAUUCAAAACCUACCAUUUCAAAUUUAUCUGCUUGUGACCACCUAGUGCGAGUAACGAUCUGCUUGAUGUUGAUAAACAAACUUCCAAAAAUUAGUUAGUUGGACUUAGGUCCGCUGGAUAUUUCCGAGUUAUAAAGAAAAAAAACUGAUAUUCUUUUAACGACUCUAAGCUUUCCAUAUUUAUUUUAUAAUUUUGAUCAUUUUAGUUAAUCUAUCUUAUUUAUCUUCUAUUUUAGAAGCCUAUUAUGUGAUCCAUUAUAUAUAGGUUUAUUUAUAGUACAAUUUUUCGUUUAACUCUAUAUAAAAAUAAAAUAUAUUAGAAAAGAAGACUAAACAAUACCAAAAACUAGAAAGCAUACGUAAAUUAUACAUAUUAUCUUAUAACAUAUAUUCCCUAAAAGUAUCCAUUAUUCAGUUCUCUUUGUCCGAUAUAUUUUCAUAGAAGAUUUAAAAUGAUAAAAAAAUACAUUACCAUAAAUUCAUGAACAGACCUAGACAUAAUUAAUUACAAAUAGACCGCAUGAGUUAUUAUUAUGUACAAAAGGUUUAAAUAAAAAGUCAAAAAAUAAUUUAUGUUCGACAGGUUAGUUUAAAUAAUUUCUUCAUGAAUCUUUAUUGAAAAAAAUAACUGAAUAGUUCUAUAAUAAAUUAAAAUUAAAAAAAAAUCUGAAUUUUAAUUUUUUUUGUCAAUUAGUUGUUAGAAAAAGUUAAGUAAAUACAAAUCUUGAAGGUAUUUUACGUUAAAAAUAUAUCUUCUAAUAAUAGUUUUAGUCCAAUAACUAAUUUUUUUGUCUAUUACGAUUACUUUGGUAAAAUUGGAUAACAUCAGUAUUCAAGAUUUGACAUGUAUAAAACUAUAAAUUUAGUUCUUAUUUAUUUACAGGAAAUGUAGUAAUAUGUUUGUUUUUUUCAAAGUACAAGUUCUCUGCUUUUGGUCGCAAAAAUAAUUUCUAUUUUUUGCCUCUAGUGUUGAAAACUAUUUUGCUGGUCAAUGUCCAACCAGCCUGAUGUAGCGGAAGUUUCUAGAAUAAAAGUAGAUCCUAAAAAUAACCAGAAACUAGAAUUUAUGAAUACUAUUCACAGUGCUUAAUCAAAAACUCUUACGGUUGAGAAUAUUCUUUUCAGUGGUUUAUAGAAACUUUUUUAGGAAAACUCCUUUUAUUAAUCAAUCAAAAUUUUAAUACGAACUUUAUCUUAAACGGCUAUAUAUAAGAAAACAAUAAAAUACUAAAACAAUAAAGAUAAUUAUCUAAAAUAAUUAAUAAAAUAAAUGAUAAGAUAUUAUCUACAUCACAGCCAAUUCCACUUUGGAUAUUAAACUAACUUGCAUCUUUUAUUGAUCAGAAUUUUCUUUGUACUGUAUCCCUCUCCCUGUGUUUCCAGCAAAAACAAAAUCUUUAUCAUGCUAAAACUUACUCACUAAAUUACAACAAGUACGAAGAACUAAACAAAGAAAAACUACGGAACUAACAAUUUAUGUGAAAAAAUGUUGUUAAUUAUUCGCAGACCCAUCUGGCAACUUCUCCUUGACUCUAAUUCAACGUGUGGGGCACACUGCGUGUAAACUUAAGACUUUGAAAAGUUAAAACAAACAUAAUAAUAUUAUAAACAUGAAUUGAUUGCAAAAACAGAGAAGGAGAAGUUUCUAUCGAAUAGGUUCUUUCACUGACCACCACCUCUCCCUAUAUAAACCCAAUGCCCCUAACCAACCAUCCUCACACCUGAAUAAAAUUUUCUCUCUUACUUUAUCUCUCUAUAUUUUCUUCUCUCUCACAGACAUUAAUAAAAUAUAGACAAAACAGAAUGUGUCAACUAAAUCGUGUCAGAAAUGAAGUUACAAUACCUUUACUCCCAAAAAUAUCUCAUCAGGAGAAACUGCAUGUACUUCCAAAUUACACUACUCCCCUUUCCCUCUUCGCAAAUGAAGCAAUCUUAAUAGCAAGAAUCUCUCUCCCACUGGUCUUCACAGGUCUCCUCCUUUACUUUCGCUCUUUCGUCUCUCUAUUUUUCCUCGGCGGCCUCGGUGACCACACACUCGCCGGCGGCUCCCUAGCCCUCGCAUUCGCCAACAUAACCGGUUACUCUUUCUUCUCCGGUUUAACCAUGGGAGUUGAAUCAAUCUGCUCCCAAGCCUUCGGCGCAAAACGUUAUAACCUCGUCAUGGCUACGAUCAAGCGAGGAAUCGCUCUCCUCCUCUUCACAUCUCUCCCAGUUUUCCUUCUCUGGAUCAACAUCGACAAGGUCUUGAAAAAGUUGAAACAGGACGAGGAGCUUGUGUCCGAAGCUCACACCUUCCUGCUUUACUCUGUCCCUGAUCUCAUCGCUCAAUCUUUCUUACACCCAUUAAGAGUUUAUCUCAGGACACAGUCAAAGACUCUUCCUCUAUCAAUCUGCACGGCGGUCGCGAGUGUUCUCCACUUGCCCAUCACGUUCCUACUCGUGUCCUAUCUCGGUUUGGGUAUUAAAGGUAUCGCCUUAAGUGGGGUUGUCUCAAACAUCAACCUUGUCGUCUUUCUCUUCAUCUAUAUCGCUUUCUUGGAAGACAAGCUAAGUAAAGAUGAGGAAGGUGAGGUUUCAGAGGAGUCGUGUGGAGAUAGUGUGAGAGAAUGGAAGAAACUUCUCGGUCUGGCCAUACCGAGUUGUGUAUCGGUUUGUCUCGAGUGGUGGUGCUAUGAGAUCAUGAUCGUGCUUUGUGGGUUACUUGUAAACCCUAAAGCAACCAUUGCUUCAAUGGGAAUUCUCAUUCAAAUAACUUCUCUUGUUUACAUUUUCCCUAACUCGUUGAGCUUUGGAGUCUCCACUCGUGUGGGAAACGAGCUGGGUUCGAACCAGCCACAGAGAGCGAGAAGAGCAGCCAUUGUUGGGCUCGGUCUCAGUAUCGCUCUAGGGUUUACGGCUUUCGCGUUCACCGUGUCAGUCAGAAACAUGUGGGCUAGGCUUUUCACUGAUGAUGAGGAAAUCAUUAAGUUAACUUUAAUGGUUCUACCAAUUGUUGGCCUUUGCGAGCUUGGAAACUGCCCUCAGACGACGGGGUGCGGCGUUCUAAGAGGGUCAGCGAGGCCGAGGAUCGGAGCCAACAUUAACAUGGCGGCGUUUUAUGUGGUUGGGAUGCCAAUGGGAAUGGUUAUGACGUUUUGGUUUGGGUUUGGAUUCAAGGGACUUUGGCUUGGAAUGCUCGCGGCGCAGAUAGUGUGUGUGAGUGGUAUGAUGGUGGCGACGUGUAGGACUAAUUGGGAGGUGGAGGCGGCAAGGGCUAGGGAGCUCACAGCGGUGGAUGGUGGAAGAGGCGGCGACGACAAAGACGUGGAGGUUGGGAAGGUUGAUUAUUAGGGAGGAAUGAGUCAAGUGAGGUCUUUGGAGUGAUAGAAAGCCUGCUUUGUUUCAUGACUUUUUUUAGGAUUAGUUGAUAAUUUUUUUUUCUUUAACUGGAAAGAUAAACAUCUGUUAUUUGCUCUGGCUACAUUCGAUUAACAUAAUACGAAAUAGAGAUUCGUAUCCA